UUAAUCACAAAGUUACACAGAUAUAUAAUUACAAGCUGUGAUAACUGCUUUGAAGGCAAAGUACCAGGACACUGUGGAGGUCUGAGAAGACUUCCCUGAGCAAGUGACAUUUGAACUGAGAUCUGAAGGAGCCACUAGGAGUCCAUUAGACAAAGAGAUUGGGGGUAGAGGAAGAGGGGAGUGUUUCAAGUAGAGCAAACAGUGUAUGAACGUCCUGAUGGCAGGUGUUUUGGGGGAAGUGGAAAGAGGCCACGGUGGGAAUGCAGAACACAAGAGGGAAAGAGGUGUUGCAGAAGUCAGUGGACAUGCACGACCUGGGAACCAGCUCCAUCGGGGCCAUGUCCGAGCGAGAGGAGCGGCGGUUUGUGGAGAUCCCUCGGGAGUCGGUCCGGCUCAUGGCGGAGAGCACGGGCCUGGAGCUGAGCGAUGAGGUGGCGGCCCUGCUCGCGGAGGAUGUGUGCUACCGGCUCAGAGAGGCCACGCAGAAUAGCUCUCAAUUCAUGAAACACACGAAACGGCGGAAGCUGACCGUCGAGGAUUUCAACAGGGCUCUCCGAUGGAGCAGUGUGGAGGCCGUGUGUGGUUAUGGAUCCCAGGAGGCGCUGCCCCUACGCCCUGCCAGAGAGGGUGAGCUUUACUUUCCUGAGGACCGAGAGGUGAACCUGGUGGAGCUGGCCCUGGCCACCAACAUCCCUAAAGGCUGUGCCGAGACAGCUGUGAGAGUUCAUGUCUCCUACCUAGAUGGCAAAGGGAACCUGGCCCCGCAAGGAUCAGUGCCCAGCGCUGUGUCUUCGCUGACCGAUGACCUUCUCAAGUACUACCAGCAAGUGACCCGGGCUGUGCUGGGGGACGAUCCACAGCUGAUGAAGAUUGCUCUCCAGGACCUGCAGACUAACUCCAAGAUCGCAGCACUCCUGCCUUACUUUGUCUAUGUGGUCAGUGGGGCUGCUGCCUGCCCCCUCGUGUGCCCCUCAGCCAGCGCCCGCUGCAAACAGGUGAAGUCUGUCAGUCAUGACCUGGAGCAGCUUCAUCGGCUCUUGCAAGUGGCCCGGAGCCUGGUUCGGAACCCACACCUGUGCCUGGGGCCCUACGUACGCUCCCUGGUCGGCAGCGUCCUCUACUGCGUCCUGGAGCCACUGGCUGCCUCCAUUAACCCUCUGAACGACCACUGGACUCUUCGAGAUGGCGCUGCCCUCCUGCUCAGCCACAUCUUCUGGACCCAUGGGGACCUUGUGAGCGGCCUUUAUCAGCAGAUCCUGCUCUCCCUGCAGAAGGUCUUGGCAGACCCUGUGCGGCCUCUCUGCUCUCACUACGGGGCUGUGGUGGGGCUGCAUGCCCUUGGCUGGAAGGCAGUGGAACGCGUCCUGUACCCACACCUGUCCACUUACUGGACAAAUCUGCAGGCUGUGCUAGAUGAUUAUUCCGUCUCUAACGCCCAGGUUAAAGCAGAUGGGCACAAGGUUUACGGAGCCAUUCUGGUGGCCGUAGAGCGACUGCUGAAGAUGAAGGCCCAGGCGGCAGAGCCCAACAAGGGGGGCCCAAGCGGCAGGGGGUGCCGGCGCUCGGACGACCUGCCCUGGGACAGCCUUCUUCUGCAGGAGUCUCCCUCCGGCGGCAGCGCGGAGCCAGGCUUUGGGUCAGUCCCCCCGCUGCCGCCAGGAGGCGCGGGGCCGGAGGACCCUUCCCCAUCGGUGACCUUGGCGGACAUCUACCGGGAGCUGUACGCCUUCUUCGGGGACAGCUUGGCCACCCGCUUUGGCACGGGUCAGCCCGCGCCCACCACUCCGCGGCCGCCCGGGGACAAGAAGGAGCCGGCGGCCGCCCCGGACUCGGUGCGGAAGAUGCCGCAACUGACGGCCAACGCCAUGGUCAGCCCCCAGGGCGACGAGAGCCCCCGCGGCGGCGGCCCCGCGGCGGCCUCUGCGCCCGCCGCCUCUGAGAGCCGGCCGCUGCCGCGCGUGCACCGGGCGCGGGGGGCGCCCCGGCAGCAGGGGCCCGGCGCCGGCACCCGCGACGUUUUCCAGAAGAGCCGCUUCGCCCCGCGCGGCGCCCCCCACUUCUGCUUCAUUAUUGCCGGGCGGCAGGCCGGGAGGCGGUGCCGCGGGCGCCUCUUCCAGACCGCCUUCCCCGCGCCGUACGGGCCCAGCCCGGCCUCCCGCUACGUGCAGAAGCUGCCCAUGAUCGGCCGCACCGGCCGGCCGGCCCGCCGCUGGGCACUCUCGGACUACUCGCUGUACCUGCCGCUCUGAACGGCGCUUUCCUGGCUCGCUCCGUUCCCCCGCCUCUGUAAAUAAAGCCCCGUGUCGGAAGUGACGUCCCCGCGCUCGUGGGUCGCGCCGGAUGAGGCGGGGCUUGGGCGGUUG